AUUCACAGCUCCCAUGACCACAAGCCCAAUCUCAGGCAAGACGUCCCUGAGAACAUCAGCAGCUUUUACUUUGUUCUUGCUCAGCUAAACUUCAAAAUGUCCUGGACGCAACCUGCUCUUCUCACCUGUCUCGUUGUUCUGUCCGCCAUCACCUUGUUUCAUGGAACCGACAGCGCCGCUGUGUCAGAUAGGAGGGAUGCAAAGGCAGCCAAUCCUCAAGGCGCACUGAGGAAGAUCUUCAUGCCAGAGUCAGAUGCCUCCAGCUUCUUCAAACGGCGAGGCAGGAGGUCUGUGAAAACUCAGGAUGAGAUAAACGCUGAACAGAGACAGAGGCUGGCCGCAGAUAAGAGAAGGAGGGAGUAUCAUGAGGAACAGAGAAAUCAGUUUGAGAAUUACGCUGAGGAAGAGAGUGACGAGCAAGACGAGCGCACCAGAGAGAAGACAGAGCAGUGGAGAGAGUUCCACCACGACGGCCUCGACCCAUCUUACGAAUACAACCGACACACAAACUGAAACAGUGAAUAACUACAGGGAUACGGGUGGAGA